GCGGCCUCCCUCCCCGUGGGUAGGAGGCAGCUUCGGACCGGGACGUCUUCCACUCGGGACCCGGGCGCUGUGUGGGGGCAGCAUCACCUUCAGUCCCUCCAGGGCCGUGUGGAGCCUGGGCAGCAUGGCAUCCUCCAGCCAGAGGGUGGAGAAGCCAGGGACCCUGGAACCCCAGCCGGAGCCUGGGUCGGGCCGCGAGCUUCAGUCCUGCCGGUGGCUGGUAUUCUACCUCUGCUUCUACGGCUUCAUGGCCCAGAUGCGUCCCGGAGAGAGCUUCAUUACCCCUUACCUCCUGGGCCCUAAGAACUUCACGAAGGAGCAGGUCACCAACGAGAUCACGCCGGUGCUGUCCUACUCCUACCUGGCAGUGCUGGUGCCCACCUUCCUGCUGACGGACUACCUGCGCUACAAGCCGGUGCUUCUCCUGCAGGGCCUGAGCUACAUCUCGGUGUGGCUGCUGCUGCUGUUUGGCCACUCCGUGCUGCACAUGCAGUUCAUGGAGUUCUUCUACAGCCUCACCAUGGCUGCCCGCAUAGCCUACUCCUCCUACAUCUUCUCCCUCGUGCGCCCCGCCCAGUACCAGCGCAUGGCCGGCUACUCGAGGUCCUCCGUGCUCCUGGGCGUCUUCACCAGCUCCGUGCUGGGCCAGCUGCUCGUCACCGCGGGCGAGGUGACCUUCCAGACGCUCAACUACAUCUCGCUGGCCUUCCUCACCUUCAGCCUGAUCCUCGCCAUGUUCCUGAAGCGCCCCAAGCGCAGCAUGUUUUUCAACCGCAGUGAGCCUGCCCACGGCGAGGCCUCGCCCUCGGAACUGGACAAGAUGCGCCCUGGCCCUGGCCAGCCCAUGGGCAGGAAGCUCCCCCGGACUCUGCUGGCGGGCUGGAGGGACUGGGUCCUCGUGCGCAUGCUCCGUGAGUUAGGCGCCAGCCUGCGGCUGCCACAGCUGCGCCUCUGGUCCCUCUGGUGGGUCUUCAACUCGUCCGGCUACUACCUAAUCGUCUUCUACGUGCACAUCCUGUGGAACGUGGUCGACCCCACCAAAGACACCACCAAGGUCUACAACGGUGGCGUGGACGCCGCCUCCACUCUGCUCGGCGCCAUCACCUCCUUUACGGCGGGCUUUGUGAAGAUCCGGUGGGCCCUGUGGGCGAAGCUGAUCAUCGGAGGCGUGACGGCGGUGCAGGCCGCGCUGAUCUUCCUCAUGUACAGCACGAGCAGCAUCUGGGUGUGCUACGUGUCCUACGUGCUCUUCCGUGGCUUCUACCAGUUCCUGGUGCCCAUCGCCAUUUUUCAGAUCGCGUCUUCUCUUUCUAAGGAGCUCUGUGCCCUGGUCUUCGGAAUCAACACGUUCCUUGCCACUGUUCUCAAGACCAUCAUCACCCUCAUCGUUUCUGACAAGCGGGGCCUGGGCCUCAAGGUCCAUUCCCAGGCAGUUCCUCGUCUACUUCGGGUACUUUGUGGUGCUGUCCGUCGCCUACUUCCUGGGAGCUGUUCUGGGGACCCUGUGGCACUUCCUGGGGAGCCACCACCGGCCGCUGCCCCUGGGCCAGGAGCUAAGGAGCCCCUCAGAGGAGAAAGCUACUCAGGUACUGAGCCUACAGGAUGGGGCCCUCAGCAGCCUGCAGCCCGAAGCCACAACUCUGGCCCCGGAGGACAGCGCGUGGGCCGCAGCACCAGUCCCGAGGGACCAGAGCGAAGCCAAGGCCUAACCUGCUCUCUCUGCAUCCUCCAUCCUCACUGAGCCUGAGUCCUGACAUCUCAGAACGGUACAUCUCUGCCAGGGUGCUGGUCCCUGUGAGCCUGAAACCAUCACAUCUCAGAACGGUACAUCUCUGCCAGGCUGCUGGUCCCUGUGAGCCUGAAACCAUGACAUCUCAGAAUGGUACAUCCCUGACAGGUGCCAGUCCUCAGAACCAGGAAGCUGGGGUUUUGGCAUUGUUUGAAUUCCGCUGUUCACGCUACGGUACCAAUGACCAAUGGGGCUCCUAUGACACACACCUCGAGGGCCACUGCCUCGGCCAGGGGUGUCUUAGCUUGCCCUGCGCCUCCCAUUGGUCUCUGGGGACUGGGGAGGUGGCCCCCUGUGCUUAGCCCAAGUGACACCAGCCCCUGCAGGGUGUCGUGAGCCCUGUCGGGUGGUGGUGGGGGCCUGGGUUCCCCUGGCUCGUGGCUACCCUGACAUUUCUAGUUUGCCCUGGUGCUCACGUUUUAAACAAUGCUGUGUUCCUUUUAUUUUAUUUUAUUUUUUAACUAUCGUGUAUGAAAAUGCUUAUUGAGCCUGUUUCUGUGGGAGAAGCUGGUCCUGGGGCAGGCAGGCAUUUCCCCGCUGGAUGGAGCCGGGGUGCUGAGGUCUUUCGGAGCUGGCUCCUCUGGGCCCUGGGCCCUGGGCCCUGUCGUCCUUCCGCUUCCUGAGGUGGGUUAACCCCAGUCUGCCUUGCUGGUGAUGGAGGGCACCUGGGCUGCUCACACACCAGCCCGGAGGACAUGCCACCUGGGGCUCUCAAAACCAGUCAUGUGAAAAUGUAAGACCAGAAAUAUUAAAUAAACCACAUGACCUG